CACAAUACAAGUUGUGCCCAGUAGUUUGUGAAAGCCCAUAUAUAAGAGAUUUUCUCUUUAGUUUUUGUUCGAUUUUGAUCCACAAUCAUGCCCGCUGGAGGUUUCGCUGCCGCGCCGUCCGGAGAUGUGGAGUUCGAGGCUAAGAUAACGCCGAUCGUCAUCAUUUCCUGCAUAAUGGCUGCCACCGGUGGCCUCAUGUUUGGUUACGACGUUGGAGUUUCAGGGGGAGUUACGUCGAUGCCCGAUUUCCUGAAAAAAUUCUUCCCCACUGUGUAUAACAAGACGAAGGAUCCUACUCUCAAUAGCAACUAUUGCAAGUAUGAUAACCAAGGGUUGCAAUUGUUCACAUCUUCACUCUACUUGGCUGGCUUAAUAGCAACUUUCUUUGCGUCCUACACCACUAGAAAGUUAGGCAGGAGACCAACCAUGUUGAUUGCUGGGAUUUUCUUCAUUGUUGGUGUGGUGUUUAAUGCUGCAGCUCAAGACCUUGCCAUGCUCAUCAUUGGCAGGAUUUUACUGGGCUGUGGUGUCGGUUUUGCUAAUCAGGCUGUGCCUCUGUUCCUAUCAGAGAUAGCACCCACAAGAAUACGUGGAGGCCUAAACAUCCUGUUCCAGCUUAACGUCACUAUCGGGAUUCUUUUUGCUAACCUUGUCAAUUACGGGACAGCUAAAAUUAAAGGAGGAUGGGGUUGGAGACUGUCGUUGGGAUUGGCUGGCGUUCCAGCACUUCUCUUGACUUUAGGGUCUCUCAUAGUGUCAGAAACUCCUAACAGCCUCAUUGAGCGUGGCCGUUUGGAAGAAGGAAUAUCAGUCCUGAGAAAGAUUCGAGGCACAAACAAUAUUGAACCAGAGUUCCAGGAGCUUGUUGAGGCAAGCCGUGCGGCCAAAGAAGUGAAGCAUCCCUUCAGGAAUCUCAUGAAGAGGAGGAACCGCCCCCAGUUGGUUAUAGCAGUAGCCUUGCAGAUCUUCCAACAAUGCACAGGCAUCAAUGCGAUAAUGUUCUAUGCUCCUGUUCUAUUCGACACAGUAGGAUUCGGCAACGAUGCUUCCCUGUAUUCAGCUGUUAUAACAGGUGCUGUCAAUGUUAUUUCUACCGUUGUAUCCAUCUACUCGGUGGACAAAGUAGGCCGUCGGAUGCUGCUAUUGGAGGCUGGCAUCCAAAUGUUUGUCUCUCAAGUGAUAAUAGCAGUAAUCCUAGGAAUCAAGGUUACAGACCACUCUGUUAAUCUUCAUCGUGGGUUUGCAAUAUUGGUGGUUAUUAUGGUGUGCACUUUUGUCUCUGCCUUUGCCUGGUCUUGGGGACCACUUGGAUGGCUAAUCCCAAGCGAAACUUUCCCAUUGGAGACCCGCUCAGCUGGUCAGAGUGUCACCGUUUGUAUCAACUUGCUCUUCACUUUUGUUAUAGCGCAGUCCUUCCUCUCCAUGCUCUGCCACUUCAAAUAUGGCAUCUUCUUGUUCUUCUCCAGCUGGGUGUUUAUUAUGUCAUUUUUCGUAUUUUUCCUGGUACCGGAGACCAAAAAUAUUCCAAUUGAAGAGAUGACAGAGAGAGUGUGGAAGCAGCAUUGGUUCUGGAAGAGAUUCAUGGAUGACAAUGAGGAUGUAGGAAUUGAAAUUAAUGAUCAGAAAUCACAGAAAAAUGGCUGUGCGAUUGGAUUUAACCUGUCAACCAGUUUUGAAUUUUAGAGAGGUUUUAAGGUAUAGUAAACUUAACAAGACACAUUUGGUCUACGCAUUAGACUAUGUACAUGUAUAGGAAACAUACAAUAUCAUGAAUGAUAUGCCAUAUAUGUUUUUGUAACACGUGUUUCUUCUCUAUUGGUAGUAUCUAUGUGUAAAUUUGUAUUAA